CAAAACUAAAUAGUCCUAAUUUACUACUUUUGCUCUUUUAGUUCUCUCCUUUUCCAAUAGGUUAUACAGAAAGGGAAGACUAGUGAGAUCAAUAAAGACAUUUAGUUCCAAAGAAAAAUGAAGAUUGCCUUCUUUUCUUGUCUCGCUAUUCUGUUGUGCACUCUAACAGUAAUAAGCAGAGCUUCUGAAAUUUCCCAUAUGACAAAGAAAAGAGAUCUCCAUGUCUCAAAACAUCUUGUUAGUGCACCAGAAAGAAACAGUGAGAGCGCUGUUGCAGACACAAGUGAUAACACCAAUAAGUUUGAGUUGCCAACCAAAAAUUUUACACCAGAUGUUGAGAAAAAUCAGAGAGGAAAGGGAUCAAAUGGGGGUGGAAGUAUUGCUCGUCAGCCACGUAAUUCAGCUGUAACACUUAAGCAGCCCUCCAUCUCCAUGUCAACUACUUAUGUCUUGCUUCUUACCCUAGUUUUGCCCUUUGUCAUUUCCUAAGAUGUUCUAAAAGAUAGCAAAAGUAUUUUCUUUCUCAUC